UUCUUCUUCCCUGUCUCUUCCACCUCCUCACGCAUCUUUGCUCUGUUUCUGUGAUUCUCUGGUUAUGGCGGAGACCUCUGCGCUUCUCUUCUCUCACCUCACCAUCUCUCGCGUCUGGGACACCGCUUCUUCGUCCCCUUCCUCCGCUACUUCUUCUCGUUUCCCGCUCACUUCUCGCGCUCGGCCGUUUCGUUCGACUCGAUUCGCCGCCAAGGCAUCACCUUACGGUGGCUUCUCCGAUGACGAUGAUUUCAGCUUCUUUCCAUGGUCCGAUGGAAAUAACGCCAUUGAAUGGGUUCCUGAAGAAAGAAUUACACUUUUCACCUCUGAUGGGCUCAUUCAGAUUGGAGGCAAUAUGGUUCCUCGCCGCGUCAAAUCAUCUAACAAGAAACACGGGAGGUCCAAAUCACCAGAAAAACAUCAAAAGUUUCAAGAAAGUGCAUACAUGGAUCCUGCACAAGGUCUAUGUCUCGGAGCUCUUUUCGACAUCGCAGCUACAAACGGACUUGAUAUGGGAAGAAGACUCUGUAUCUAUGGUUUCUGCCGUUCCGUUGAGAUGCUUAGUGAUGUUGUUGAAGACACUGUCUUAGAACAUGGUGGAGAGGUUGUUGCUACAGAGACAGAGAGCAAAGGAGGUUUACAAGAGAAGCUGACAAUGACGGUGGCGGUUCCAUAUCUCUGGGGUGUUCCUCCGGCUGCAGAAAGGCUUCACCUUGCGGUUCGAACUGGCGGAGGCAUCGUAGACAAAGUUUAUUGGCAAUGGCAUUUCUUGUGAAUCUUGAAAUUUCUCCAUAAUGGGUUCUUCUAACUCAAAAAGUGUUUAUAAAACAUUCAUUGUACAGAACCAUUACAUUUCGUUUAAAUGCCACUAAAUCCCCUUAAUCGUAUUCAUCUGUUUAGUUGA